AAGAUGAAGAGGUUGCUUUUUCAAAUUAUUUGCAUUACUGAAGUCCUGGUCUCUGCGGCUGAUUCCUCUCCACUGAGCGAGGACAUGCUGAAAAAGCUGUCUGCAGCAGGAGAGCAGUGUGUCGAUGAGGAGAUAAAGCGAGCGUUACUCGGGGUGAAGCGGGUGAAGGAAACGAUGGAGAAAAAAGAGGAGAAGCACAGGAAUCUCAUGGACGCCCUGCGGCACAGCAUUGACAAGAAGAAGGGCGCGAGCCAGCUGGUCUGGGAAACAGAGCUGAAACUAGAGGAGGCUGAGCAACAAUGUCAAGACGUAACGAAGUCUUCCUUUGAGGAGUGUCGACCGUGUCUUGGAUGCUUGGCCUUCUUCACCUCUACAUGUCACCGUGGCUUCUCCUCAUUUUCAUUCAAGUUGGAAGAGUUUCUAAGCAAAAUAGCCGCCCAGCUGGAGGCCACAGAGCAUCUUUACAAAAAGGAUGAGAACAUGGGUCGCACCGACUCACCCGAGACAGAAGAUCUGGAGCUUCUUCAGGCAGAUGCUUCCUUCAGCCAGUUGCUGUCAAACAUCAGCCUCCUGUACAACCAGAGCAUCAUGCUGGUGAAGAGGAAGGAACAGGUGUUUGGGGACUCCUUCCUGGCAGCCUUCACCACAGAGUCGAGACCCAGCCUGGUGUCAGCCAUGCAGAGCCCUGGCUUCUUCACAACGCUGGGAUUCUAUCAAAUCCUCGGCUCGGUGUCUGACUUCGGGAAGAAUGUGCUGGAAGAAUUGAGCUCCACAGUGGCUAAUGUAUUUGAGGAGAUAAAAGAAGCAGAGGUGUACUUUCAGCAACCAAGCACAGAUGCAGGGUCCCUCUCUGCUCUGGGAACGUCCCAGAGCAGAAAUCUUUGCAGACGUCUCCGCAGGCAGGCAUCAGAGUGCUGGCAACUCCAACAUUUGUGCGAGACGUGUGAAGAUGAUCUGUUAAAAGAGUGUCCCAGUGUCCAGCAGUUACACUCUGAGGUGGAGGCGAUGCACUUGCUGCUCAACGCCUCCCAGCAGCAGUACGACGACAUGCUGCAGUUGGUGCAGAGACACACAGCGGACACACAGAGGUGGCUGAGCAACAUGCAGGACCGGCUGUGCUGGGUCAGCCAGCUGUCAAACAGCACAACGGGCCCACACAACAUCUUCAGUGUGAUCACAGUGGAUGCACAGCAACAGAUAGAAAGCAUCAGGCCUAAAGCAGACAGCCUUGUGGUGGUAACCAUACUGGACUCUGCCCCAAUAACUGUCACAGUUCCAGCAGAGCUGGAGGUGGAGGACCCAGCUUUUAUCCAAUAUGUAGCUCAGGAGGCUCUGAUACUCCAUAAACAGCAGAUUAGAGGUAUUGAUCCCAGCAGAUAG